AUGUUUACAAGCACUGACCCCGUCCUCAGCCCUGAAUACGAUCAGAGCUUCACGUUGACGAUAAACAGAAACCAUCGAGGCUUCAGGCGGCUGGUGACGUCCAGAGGCUUAAAACUGGAGCUAUACCAUAAAGGCGGUUUCCUUCGGAGCGACAAACCCAUCGGGACAGCGGUGCUGAAGCUCGAGGGUUUAGAGAAUCACAGCGAGAUCCGAGAGAUCGUGGAGGUGAUGGACGGCCGCAAACACACAGGGGGCCGUGUGGAGCUCCCUCAAGUGGCUCGUCAUCGACCAGAACAAGGUCUGAGCCGGAGACAAGCGCACGGGCAAGAUGGGACUGUUCCACUCUGA